UACUCGGUGGUAAACUUAGAAGUUAGAUUAUUUUAUGAAAUAGAAGUAUAAUAGACUACAAUUAAAAAUUAUUAUUGACCGAUAGUGAUAGGUUUAAUAAUAAUAAAGUCGCCGUUAAGAUUGGUGUUGCCUGCUUUCUGUGAAGUAUAACGUUAUAGGUUUGGAGUUAGACGUUACUAAGUCGUAGGACUGAAAGUAAUUGAAUUGGGUGAUGCAAUGUAUGUCAACGAGUCGUUACCUGUACAACUGUGACAGAACAGACAUCCAAAGUUAACUUACGGUGUUAUAAAACGAAAAUAAAAUGCUUGUUGGUACUGCAAGAUAUAGGUCAUUCUUUUACGAUCGACGUAUUUAUUCCCAGGUUAAAUUGUUAGUGGAGAUUAUUUCCCAGCGUUGUCAUCUAAUGUCCAGCAUGGCCAACUGUGAGAAGAGGCUAAGAGCCCUGUUUCGGGGAGCAGAUGCUGUUUGCUUUGAUGUUGACUCCACAGUUUGUCAGGAUGAAGCUAUUGAUGAACUUGCAAAAUUUGCUGGAAGAGAGAGAGAAGUAGAAGAAAUGACUCGCAAAGCUAUGCGUGGUGGUAUAACUUUUAGAGAUGCCUUAUCAAGACGACUGGAUUUAAUUCAACCUUCUGUUGCCAUGUUAGAAGACUAUUUGGAAACCCAUCCACCACUAUUUACUCCUGGAAUUAGAGAACUUGUGAAACUUCUCCAUCAACACGGUGUCCAUGUAUACUUGGUAUCUGGAGGAUUCCAGACCAUCAUUGAACCCGUUGCUCGAGAAUUAGACAUUCCAAUGAAAAACAUUUUUGCAAAUCGCCUCAAGUUUUAUUUUAAUGGAGAUUAUGCUGGAUUCGAUGAAAACCAGCCAACAUCAAGGCAAGAUGGAAAAGCUCAAGUUGUUAAGUAUUUGAAACAGUAUUAUGGUUAUCAACGAUUAGUAAUGGUAGGAGAUGGCGCUACUGACCUUGCUGCGUGUCCUCCUGCUGAUGGAUUUAUUGGAUUCGGUGGAAAUCAGGUGAGAGAGAAGGUUAAACAAGAGUCAAAAUGGUUUGCUGGAUGUUUCAGUGAAUUAAUAGACGAACUGAAGAAAAAUUAGGCCUAAGAUGAACAAUUUGACUUCAGAAAACUCACAUUGUUAAUGGAUUAUUGUGCUGACAUUUAUUUAAAAAAAAAUCAUUUAUUGUUGCCCAUUCACGAAACAAUAUAUGUUUUAAGUGCAUUGUUUAAAAUUUUCAUAGAUCCUUGUGAUAAAAAAUGUAUUCCCAACAUCAACAAUGAAGAAAGUUGGUUUUAAAAAAUGGAACGGGAUGUGUUGACAUUGUGACAUUAAUUGAACACCUAAACGUGACACUGGGGUGUGAUAAUUAUACCUAAACUAUCUUUACUAUAGGCAUUUUAAUGUGUGUUAUUACUAGGCCUACUUUCUUUCCUAUGGCCAGGACAAACAAAUUAAGGUAUGUAGCGCAAGGAAGUUAAAAUUAUAUUUGAAUUUGUUUAUUGAAUAUGAUUCACUAAAAAUUUGCCCCCCUCCCCCUUUAGAUCACAUGCUGGGAUUGUAUUAUAAUGUUUUUAGUAAAUAUUAUCCAUUAUUUGUUGAAAUUACUAGACCGUUUGCUAAGCCUAAGCCUUUCCGCUACUAUACAAAAAACAAACCGUUGUCUCAUGAAUGAAGCAUUUCUUUGUUCUUUUUUAAUUUUAUUUAAACAUGCAUUCGAACUGUAAGUAAUUAAUUUUGUCACCUUUCAGCUCGUUUAUGAAUGUUAAAAUAUUAAAAUAUAAUACGUGUGAAUUUAAGGGCAAUAAAUUAAUGCAAAAUAUGUUGAA